AUGAAGACUUCGAUUUCCUCGGACGUGUGGGAGAAGAAGAAAGCCUUGAUUGCCAAGUUGUAUAUGGAAGAGGAAUGGCCUUUGAAGCAGGUCAUCAAACAGAUCCGGUCCGACGACUUCAACCCCAGUGAAACCCAACUCCGCAGCCGACUGAAGAAAUGGCGGGUCACCAAACCCUCCCGUCAGACUCGAAAGAAGCCCCAGGCAUCUGGGUCCGGUGAUGAUGACUCGGAGAAAGAGGGCAAGGGCAAAUCGACCACGCCCCCCAUGCGCCAUCGGCCCUCGCCAGGGUCGUCUGCACGAGAGACAACGGGCCCCGAAUGGACGAUGGCUUCUGCGGUAUACCCGCCGACGGAAAUCCCGCACACACUGGACCGACGUGCACGCAAAUGGAAUCCACCUCUGGCACAGCAGUUGACCCCGAGUCCGUCGGGCGAGAAUGGGUUGGCGGACCGAGCUCAUCCCUUCUCAGACCCCAGCCCAACCAUCUCCGCCUUUGAUCACUCUGCGCAGCCCUCUCCGGUCGAUGAGGGUCUGAUGGUGAACACCGCCGUGACGCCGACCUAUCCUAACCCUGGCUAUCCACUGUCCCCGGACUCGUGUCUCCCCAGCCCAGGAGCGGCGACGACCCCGGGAGCAAUCUCCGCCUGGCCGAAUCGUUCUGUUUCUGUGGACUUGGGUCUGAAUCUGGGAAUGCAUACAGCUCCGUGGUAUUCGAUGCCGUUUGAGGCCAUCACCCCGCCCCCAGGGGCACCCCACUCCACCGCCUCUUUGGCCCCCUCAAUAGCGGGUUAUCGGGACCACAUGUCCAUGAUGGUUCCACCGGGCCCGAGCCACGUCUUCCCUUCAUUCGGACAAUAUCCGGGUGAGCCACCUGCUGAAUACGCGGGCUAUGGCGAUGCCAAAUCCUGGAAGCGAGCCAUGUCUCUUCGGUAUGACUUCGCGGGCCCUCCAGAGCGGGUGGAACAGGAGAGGAAACCUUUCCCGUCUCCGGGCCCACCCUUCACGUCUGUGGCUCCGACGCAAAGUGGACCACAUGCCGGGACGUGUGCCCCCAUCAUGUCUUAUAUGGGCCAGGACCCAAUGGCACAGAAGCCUCCUGGUGUUGGCUACUAG